GGCGGCGGUGAUGGUAGUGGUGUUACGUUGGAUAGUAGUAAGGUGUUGAAGGUGAAUUGGGAGAAGGGUUUUUCGGAAUACAUUGCGAGUCAAUUGAAGGAAUUGUUUGAGAAGUUUGGAGAUGUUGAAGAUGUUAUGUUUUGUUUGAAUUGAUAGGUUGCUGCCACUGGAAUUAUGAUGAUUGGUGAUGUAUCCAAUCCAUUGCUAGUUUUGCGCCGCUCAGCUCCUAUCAUUUGCAAUUUGCAAUUUUGCAUUAUUACAAUUCCUUUGUUGCUGAGUUUAUCGGAUUGGUGUUGAUUCAUUAGUUAAUGCACUCCAUGUUCGGCGACUGGCCUUCACACGACCCUCACAACUUCAGCCAACUCCGCCCUUCUGAUCCUGCAAAUCCCCUACAUAGCUUGAAAUACAGCACCAGACUUAUGCCUUCACCAUCGCUGUCACCCAGGAACAUUGAAGGAUUUAUUAUUGAUUUUGAGGUAACUAAUUGCAUAGAAGACUUGCUGUAUAAGGUAAAAUAUAAAAGAAGAUGGGAUUUUUUUGAUGUAAUGAGUAAAUGAAGAUGCUUAUAAACAGAUUGAACUUACUUGAAGAAAGUCUCCCCCCGGACCCUAAAAACGGAGGGUGAAAUUGCAGACCAAGAGCCUGGUAAUGCCUUCUCAUCACCAUUUGCACAGGGAAUGAGCAAUCCUGCUUGGGGACGUAACAUGUGUGCACCUGACCACAGGUUUGACAGACCUAAUGACGGUUGUCGGAGGCAAGAAAGUGAAUCUCCGCCGCGAUCGACGCCAGCGAAGUGAACAAAUUUAGCGUCGCCGUUGACCGUUGUGAUGAGUUCGUGGUUGCACGAGGAGCCAUCAGCCCAUCAAUGGUCGCGUUAAUGGUUACAUGGCCAGGGUGGUGGUUAAGGUGAGCGGGAGCAUCCACCGCAAGAUCUGUUCCUUCGGUGAUGCGGCGGCGCAUAAGCUUGACAGAUCUUUGAUGGCGGAGCUUCGAAAUGAGGUAGCGUAACUCGUUCAUCUCUCCUCCAUUCUUCAUCAAUAGUUUUAGGUUUUUGAUUUUUCAGCUUUUUAAUUAACGGUUUUUUCAUGAAAUGCCCCUGAGGUUUUAAAAAACGCACCAAAUACCCUCGCCUGUUUCGAUUCACAUAAUAUACCCCUAUUUAUCCGUACUGUUCAUGACAUGCCCCUGUUAGCUAACGCCGUUAGUCUGCCGUUAGUGGUGUUUUACUUAUUUGCCCUUAAUUUUGGUUUAGCGCCAUUGACUUCCUUCACUUUCACAGAAAGACCAAAAAAAAAAAAAAAACCGUUCACAUUUUUCUCUUUCUCUCUCCUCUCCCCUGUUCUUCUUCAAGCUCUAAUCCUACUCAAACCCUAGAAAUUCUGGGUAGAUCUUCAAUAUUUUUGUGAAUUUUGCUGCGCACCUUAAAGGCGAGUUCGUGGGUUGUGAUUUUGCUUCAAUCGCGACAAAAAAGGGAGAAACUUGAGGCGAUUUCCAGUUGAGUUAGUGUUGAAGAGGAAACGGGAAUUUAAAGUUGGUUAGUCUACUUCCAGGAUGAGUGCUAUUUGGUUGUUACUACGUUAUGGGUCACAUAGUUUUGAUAUUAGAGUGGGAGACAUGGAAAAAUAUCGUUUGUUGAAGUUGUUUCUUGAUAUCUUUGAGGAAUCAGUUAAGCAAGAUGUUUUUUUGCCUAGUACCUUUAGCUUGUAUGUUGAGGGUCCUUGUGGUAAGGUUGAAUUGAAUGAUGAUAAGACUUUAAGGCUUCUGUGGGGAUGGAAUUGGGGUAAAGACACUGCUGAAAUUUGGGUUGAGGGAACAGAUAAACCAGGAUUGGUGUUUAGGAAUGCUGUUGCAACAAUUGAGAAUCAUAGAAAGGAAAAAGAGAGACAACUUAAGGAGAGACAAGAGGAACUGUUGAGGGCUCAAAGAGAGGAGGAAGAGGCAAUGAGGAAACAACAGGAAAGGGAGGACAUUUUGAGGGAAAUACAGGAACAAAUGGAGUACACUGUGGCUAUGGAGGUCCCUGUUGUUGAUUGUGAGGACAUGAAGGUUGAGUAUGUGAGAGUCAUUAGCAAAGAUGAUGCUGAUGAGGUGUUUCCAGGUUGCUCUCAACCAAAACAAACACAAGAAUCCCCAAAGAAACAACCCACCCCACCCAAACACACAAAUCAUGUUGCUUCUAAGUCAAAAGGCAAGGAUAAGCCUGCUUCUAAGAAACUAACCCCCAAAAGGAGGGCAUCAGCUAAACAACCCACCCCACAGAAACAACCCACCCCACCUAAACAACCCACCAAACAACCUACACCACCACCCCCACCACCCCCACCACAGAAAGAACCCACCCAACCAAAACAACAACAACACACACCACCACCAGAACAUCCCACCUCUCCACCACAACAACAACAACACACACCACCACCAGAACAUCCCACCUCUCCACCACAACAUCACACCCCUCCACCACCACCACAAAAUCCCACUCCACCACAGAACAACCAAACUGAUGAGCCUAACAAUCAAGCACCACCUGAUCAAGCUCAGCCAGUGAAAAAGAAGGGGGGCAGAGCUAGACCUGAGGGGUUUAGGGUUAACAAAGUCACUGCUAAGAAGGCUGGAACUUGGGUUUCCAAGGGAAAGGGAAAAGGGAGAAAGGGUACAGGAAGGUCUAAGACACCAGGGGUUUUUGCUGAUGUUGGUGAGAUAUGUUCAGAAGAGGAGAGUGAGGAUUCUGAUUAUGAGGAAUCAGAUUCUGAACAAGAGGAUGUUCUGAAUGAUUGGAUUGAUUCUGAUGUUGAUGAUGAGGUGAUUCCUGAUGAUAUUCCUGAUUUGGGGUUUGAGGAUUGUCUAAAUGGUUCCUCAAAGAUGGAUAAGGCCUAUAAAAAUGGCAAAAUAUGGACUGAUCAACCAUAUGGGUCCAUUAAGUUAGAACCCUGGUUGAUCUUUCAUGAUAAGGCCACAUUUCUUGAAGUGUUGAGAAGUUACUGCAUACAGGAGGGGUUUGGGCUUAGUGUUGAGAGGGCUGAUAAUAGGAGGUACACAGCAGUGUGUGCAGUGGAGUCAUGUGACUGGAGGAUACAUGCCAGUAGGUUGUUUGACAAUGUUAGCUGGGCCAUUAAGGUGAUCAGUGGGUCCCACAGAACUUGUGGGAGGCUUGAGGAGAAUCCAGUAGUGACCUCUGAGUGGUUGUGUAAGCAUAUGUUGGGGGAAAUAGAGGCAAAUCCAGAGAUUCCAGUGGAGACAUUGAGGAGGUAUGCACAGGAGAAGUUUCAGUUGAGGGUGAAAAAGAGGCUAUUUUACAAGGUCAGGAGUAUGGCAAAGGGAAAGCUGCAUGGUGGUUGGGCUGAAGCAUAUGAGCUGUUGCCUAGAUAUGCUGAGAUGAUUAAGCAAACAAACCCAGGGAGUCAUGCACUUAUAACAUGGGGGGCCAGUAGUGGGGAUGUGAACCCAAAAUUCAGAGCUUGCUUCUUCUCAUUUGCUGCACAAGUCAGGGGGUUUCUAAGGGGUUGUAGGCCCAUAAUUGGAAUAGAUGGGGCUCAUUUAAGUGGUUUCUACAAGGGCAUUCUACUGACAGCAGUUGGCAUAGAUGGGAAUAAUGAAAUUUUUGUUCUUGCCUAUGGGAUAGUAGACACUGAGAGUUGUGACAGUUGGACCUACUUCAUGAGAUGUUUGAGGCAAAUGUUUGAGCAGGAGGGUUGCAACAGAGAUGAUUGGACCUUCAUCAGUGAUAGGAUGAAGGGUGUUGAGUUGGCAGUUAGAGAAACUUUUCCUAGAGCAACUAGGAGAGUUUGCUGCCAACACCUAUACAUGAAUUGUAAGAACAAUGGCUUCAGUGGAUCUGCAUUCCACAAGCUAUUUUGGAUAGCUGCUAAUGCAUACAAUGAGUAUGUGUUUGGUAAGGCCAUGGAAAAGAUCAGUGAGUACAAUGCAAAUGCCACUGCAUACUUGAACAGCUGCAUUGAGCAGUGGUCUAGGCAUAAGUUUGACUCUACUGUUUGUUGUGAUCACAACACAACAAACUUUGUGGAGUCAUUCAAUGCAUGCACAAAGCCCUUAAGAGACAUGCCUGUCUUCUCAUUAUUGGAAGCAAUCAGAAGUUGGUGUAUGCAGAGGGUGGGGGCUAGAUUUGACAAGGCAGUUGACAUGGAGGAAGGUCAGCUCACUGCAUAUGCAUUGAAAGAGUUAGAGGAGAGGACAGCUGAGUCCAGGUUAUGUUAUGCCACAGCAUGUGGAGGGGGUGAAUUUGAGGUUAGGGAUGGACAUGUCAACUUCCCAAUUAGGCUUGCAACAAGAAGUUGUGCCUGUGGGAAGUGGCAGAUCUGUGGAAUCCCCUGCAAGCAUGCACUGAGGGUCAUAUAUGACCAAAGGAUGAACCCCCAUGAUUUCAUAUCCCCAUGGUUCAAGGCUGCUGCACACAAGCUAACCUAUGCAGAACAUAUUCAUCCUAUGGCAGAUCCAUCUCAGUGGCCUGACUUUGGCCUUCCUUCCAUUCAGCCUCCAACCAUCAAAAGACCAUCUGGCAGACCUGCUAAGAAGAGAAAGAGAGGGGCAAAUGAACCAAAGAAAGGGAAGAGGAACACAAAUGUGAAAUGUGGAAAGUGUAGAGAGUUUGGUCACAACUCAAGAACAUGCAAGAGUGGAGGAACAAGUGCCACUGGACCAAGUACUUCAAAGAGUGGUGCAGCAGGAGCAAGUACAUCAAAUGGGGGACCAAACACAAGGAAGAGGUCAAAGGCAGCUGCAUAGUCACCUCAGUUGGCUAUAUUUUGUGAAUUGUAGUGCACAAAGCUAAACUAACUUAGUCAAAUCAGUUUAGUCAGAAUCAGUUUAGUUAGAAUCAGUUUUUGGAAACAGUUGUGCAGAGAUCAUUUUUUGGAAACAGUGAAAUGCUUAGAACACCUCUUUUUGUGCAGUUCAGUGGUGUUUGUCCACUUAAAGUUCAGUUUAUGUAAAGCUUAUUUGCUUGAACAAGUAUUUAUGGAACAAAGUCUCUUUAUUUCAUGAAAUUUGUUACAACUUUA